AGCAAGAGUCAAGGCUUGAGGAAGAUCAAACCAGAACCGUUCAUAAUGUCAGAACCUCAUACCAUUUGUGACGUAGACCAUACUUUCUACAAAAUAAUAGAAGGCAGGCCUCUACGACAAUUCGACGACAUCAAAGUUUACAUGAGAAAUAUCAGAGACAUAACCUUAUUCAAAGCCAACGCCGCGUACUUGAAGGACCAAAUCAUUCAAGUGGACACAUCUUUCGCAUUCGAAAACGCCGAGCAUAAAGCAAUUGAUCGGUUGUUCUGGAAAGUUAAAGAUUAUUUCGUACAAUUCGCAAAAGAGAGUUACACAACAGCCAAGAAUAUACAAAAAAUAGCUGAGGACAAAGCACGUCAAUUAGAAGCCGCGACAGAGGAGCUGGAGGCCCUUUGUUUUAAUUUCGUGGCAGUUAGAAAUAAGUUGGGUGUUAUUAUUAUAAAUUUCGAAACGCUAUCGAAGUAUCGACAGUUUCUCAAUAAUUUAUCACCGGCUGCGUGGCGCGAAAAAUACGAUCAACAGUACGAGGAAACCAAGAGCCUUGUGUCUGCCAAAGAAUCGGAUUACAAAACUAGCGCUACAAUGCUCAAAGAUAUAGCGCCGAAAUUAUUUUUCACUAGACCGAGACAAAUGAGCAUCAUUUUCGACAACUUGAGCCGACAAUGUUUAUCGUAUAUGCAAAUUGACGUAUUCGCUUCAAGCUUAUUGGCAUCCGUGAUGAAAAGCAGAGAUUACCUCAAAGUGCAAGUCAUGGAGGAGAUAGAUGAAUUGCAAGACUUGGUCGAAACGUACAGAGGGUACGUUGAAUUCAUGGAAGGAAAGGAGCAAGAAGCCAAAGUCAAGUUUGAGAGAGUGCUAGAAAACGAAUUCCAAACAUUGUACGCUUCGUAUGACGCCAGCAAACUGUUUACUUGUCUCCAGUACACGAACACUCAAGUGUUCCACGGCCCGGAAGAUCCUAAGGACAGCAUAAUGACGUUGAUGCUCCACUUGGAAAGAGAUUACAUGGAAUUAUCUUCCGGACUAGAUGAUUUAAAUCUGGAGGUUGUCAAACAAGCGACAAGCGAAUUUUUCUCCGAAGAUUUGAAAAUGAUGAAACGGGCGCACAAAGCGCAAAGAGAUUUAAAGGAAUGUGAUAUACUAAACAAGGCUUUGUAUACGAGCUUCGAGCCACCGAGAUGGAAAUGUAAGAAAUGAGCGACAGGUAAAGUCUGAAUUCGAUGUAAAUGUAAGCAAAAGUUUCAAUCGGGAGAUUGGAAGCUGGUAAUUACA